CUGUCGGCUCAGCUGAUCUGAAUGGCAACAAUAUUUUGGAAAUAGUCGUAAACAUUUUCAUCUAACGAGUAACGCAAGGAUCGCACUAAAUAAGGUUAUAGCAGCAGCAGCUUCUCAGGGGAAAGAGAGAAGCCUUGUGAAUAUUUGGUGAAGCAUCAGCAGUAGCAGCAGCGACACCUGGUCUCCUGAGUCUCUGCGUUCACUUUCAUCCUCAUCACAGUGGCGGAACAAGAUGGGGAAUGGAUUAUCAGAGCCCCAUGCCCUCUUUCCCUGCCUGCCGUCCUUUCAGGCCCUGCACAUUGUUAUUCUCGGCUUGGACUGUGCCGGUAAGACUACCGUAUUGUACCGGCUACGCUUUAAUGAGUUUGUUAACACGGUUCCCACCAAAGGCUUCAACACAGAGAAGAUCAAGGUGACUCUUGGUGGGAAAAGCCGGACUGCAACCUUUCAUUUCUGGGAUGUAGGAGGUCAGGAAAAGCUCCGGCCUCUGUGGCGCUCCUAUACGCGGUGUGCCGACGGCCUCGUGUUUGUAGUGGACUCUGUAGAUGCAGAACGCAUGGAGGAGGCCAAGACGGAGUUGCAUAAGAUCACACGGCUACAGGAGAACCAGGGGGUGCCUGUGUUGGUGGUAGCUAACAAGCAGGACCUGCGCAGCGCGUUGCCACUAGGUGAAGUCGAACAGAUGUUGGCACUUAACGAACUCGGCUCCCAUACUCCUUGGCACCUCCAACCGGCCUGUGCCAUCAUCGGAGAAGGUCUACAAGAAGGCCUGGAACGUCUCCACUCCAUGAUCAUCAAGCGGAGAAAGAUGAUGAGGCAGCAGAAGAGAAAAAGAUGACUGUUUGGUGAUGAGAUGUGAGCUGGAUGUGGUUGUAGGCCUCUAUGGUGGCUCUGCUGGUGACGUUCCCUGGGCCGUUGUGGCCCUGCGCUCCUGGAAUUAUUGUUUCGGCGGGCUGAGUUUUAUCAGUCAAAUGGUUCUGGAUAACUACAGUUCAGAGACCGCAAUAGAACUAUAUUGAUUUAUCACUUUAGUUGUUGGAUUGUAGCAGCAGUGGGACGAUCACAUGGAACUUUUACAUCAGUACAAGUGUUACAAAAUGUCAACAGGUCUUGUGGUACACUGAGUUCUCAUGAAGGACAACACUGGACAUGAACUUGUAAAUGAUGAAGACCUAUCCCUAAAGUCUUUGUCCUUGUGUCUGAAGUGUUAUACGUGUCCUAGCAUCCUAGCGUUCAUGUAAAGUCUUGAAAAGGAAGGAUUGAGAACCAAAGCUGCCAUAGUCAUCAUGAAAAAUCCAAUGUAUACAUCAGGUGAUGUGUUUCCCCCAUUGGUUUUAUCCAGAAUGGUCAACCAUCAUUUUCCCAGGGGUUUGUUGUCCCGGUGGACAGGGGAACCAGAAUAAGCUUUAUGGAUCACUUGUUUGGGAAUGCACAAAUGUUGAAAUCAGAUUGGAGAAGGAUCGUCCACUAAAGUAGUUCAACAAGUGUAUGUGUUAACUAUCAAGAGGUUUUCUCAACAUGUCAAUGCAGUAGCUUCUCCCAAGUUUGAGGACUACUGGUGUCAUUUCUAGCUGAACCUACAUUGUGUGCUUCCCUGAACGACAAGAGAUGUUUAAAUGCACUUUAGCAAUUCCCUUUUCUAAACUAUGAACUUGCAUUUGAUUUUUUUUAAGUUUAUCAUGCUACAAAAAGAAUCAA